AUGUCAGCUAAUUACAGCUGGCAGGCUGUUCACCCGGUCUACGGAGUACCCAUUUCCGUCGUGGAAGCCACUGAGCAACCUGUAAUCCGCUGCGACGUUCGUCAGAGGCACAACCUUCCUUCUAGAUCAUGGGCGGUUCGUAUCUCUACAUGGAUCAACACCAACUAUUUCUUAUGGUCUUUAUGCGCCGGCCUCGCCGACUAUCGCUCUGACGAGGAAUGGACGAAUACCUUCCAGACCCACUACCAGGAUACCUGGGAUGAGAUUCAAGCUAGAGUCCAGGAGAUUGAUGGGCCUUACAGGUUCGGCAUACCCAUUCCGAUGCCUCCAGUCAAGAAGGCUGUGGUUAUUCAUCACCCCGAGAGCGGCCCUGCAGAGACAUUCACGAUUGGGCCCGAGGCUCGUCCGUCUCAUCUGAUCCCUCGGGUCACUAGUAUGCCUCGGGAUGCUGUAUGGGGUCUCUUGCGCUUUGUGACUGGACGUCAAUCUUCUGUGCCUGAUCAAUUUGAUGUAGUACUUGAUAUUUCCUCACCGGCGUUGUCGCGCCCUGUAGGUACCCAGAUUAAGCAGAGCUUGGCUAGAAAGCGAGUAUCCCAAGGUGACUCGAAGAAUGAUGUGGUAGAUACAUACUACCAUUUUGGAAAUUGA